UCUUAAAGGGACAGGACUACCAAAACACAGCAGGAAGAUGACCAUGUCACGUGGGGCUUCAGUUUGUUGAAUUAUCGGUGCAAGGAAACACAAUCAAGCCUCUUUCGGGUUGUAUGUUGGUAUCGAGAUAAGCAACUAGCACACCACUAUCAUGGAGCAGGUACCUCUCCAGCCUCCAAACUUGUGUCCCGAUGCCUCCAGCAACACCUGUCGUCCCGACACCCUUUGCGUGCCCACUAUGGAGGAACUGGUGGUGGAGGUCCGGGGCUCCAAUGGGGCUUAUUACAAGGGCGUCAUCAAAGAUAUCCACGAUGACUCUCUCACCAUUGCCUUUGAGAACAAUUGGCAGCCAGAGCGGCAGGUGCCCUUCAAUGAUAUCCGGAUGCCACCUCCCGCUGACGCCAAGAAGGAGAUCGGGGAGGGCGAGGAGGUGGAGAUCCUCUCCAAAGCCAAUGAUCAGGAGCCUUGUGGUUGGUGGCUCGCUAAAGUCCGCAUGAUGAAGGGAGCUUUCUAUGUGAUCGAGUAUGCCGCGUGCGAUGCCACCUACAAUGAGAUAGUGACCUUUGAGCGUCUGCGUCCAGUCAACACUAACAAGGCCAUCACCAAGAACUCCUUUCAUAAGUGCACGGUCUCCAUUCCUCAAGAUCUGCAAGAAGCGUGCCAGAGUGAGAAUGCCCAUAAAGAUUUUAAGAAAGCUGUGGGAGCCUGUCGCAUCUCGUACUGCCCUGAGACCAGCCAGCUACUGAUUGUGUCCACCAAUGAGACAACCGUGAAGCGUGUUUCUUUGCUGAGUGACAUGCACCUGCGCAGCAUCAGGACCAAGCUGCUGCUAAUGUCACGCAACCAUGAGGCCACAAAGCACCUGGAGAGCUCCAGGCAGCUGGUGUCCUCCUUCCAGGAGGAGUUCAUGGUGAGAACGGAUCUGAUGGGCCUGGCCAUCGGCAGCCACGGCAGUAACAUCCAGCAGGCACGGAAAGUUCCAGGGGUCAGUGCCAUUGACCUUGAUGAGGAGACCGGCACAUUCAGGAUUUAUGGCGAGACAGCGGAGGCCGUGAAGAAGGCCAGGAACUACCUGGAGUUUUUGGAGGACUCCGUGCAGGUGCCCAGGGCCCUCGUUGGCAAAGUGAUUGGUAAGAACGGUAAGGUCAUCCAGGAGAUUGUGGACAAGUCCGGUGUCGUGAGGGUCAGGAUAGAAGGGGACAAUGACAACAAGCAGCCUCGACAGGAAUUGACACAGGGAAUGGUCCCAUUCACCUUUGUCGGUACUAAGGAGAGUAUUGGAAAUGUUCAGGUCUUGCUGGAGUAUCACAUCUCUUACCUUAAUGACAUGGCGGAGCUUCUUGCAGAAGGCCAGCAGCUAGAGGAAGAGCUGAGGGAGAUUGAGGAUUAUACACAGGAAAGCCGCCUAGCAAGAUUGAGAAUAUGCAACAAAAGGCACACUGAAGUUGAGCAGCUUCGUCUGGAGAGAAUGCAGAUUGACGAACAGUUACGUCAGAUCACCCAGGUUCAUCGCCCGGGUGACAGAGAGAGAGGCGAAAGAGGAGGAGGAGGAGGAGGGUAUAAUACGGAUGGCAAUGCCUCUUCCUCUUCUUUACAUGGCAGUCGCUCCUACAAUGGCCGAGGGCGUGGGCGCAGAGGCCACGGCUACAGCACUGGAUAUGGCACCAACUCGGAGCAGUCCAACGCCUCAGAGACCGACUCAGAGCGCAAGGAAGAGCUCAGUGACUGGUCCCUCGCUGGAGAAGACCAGGACCGGGAGAGAGAAAGAGGCUCACGGCCCCAAAGAGACGCCCGCAGGAGGCCCGGACCCGCCAGGGGCCGGGGCGGGUUCGGAGGGCGGGGGCGGGGAGGAAGAGGAGGAUACAACAACACCUCUGCAGGUCCUCGGGACCACGAGGACAACAACGCCUUUGGCGCUGCGGAGACGGAGACGGACCAGGCGGCUGACACCGAUGCUAGUGAGUCCAACUUGCCUGCAAACCGACGCAGGAGAUCUCGACGGCGCAGAACAGACGAAGAAGCCACACUGAUUGAUGGCAUAAGCGAGUCCGACAACGCCUCAACGAGUGAGAACGGAAUAGACGACUCAGAAGUCAAACCUCAGCGCCGCAAUCGUAGUAGACGCCGCCGCAUCCGCCUGCCCGAGGAGAGGCAGCCAGUGACGGUGGCUGACUACAUCUCACGGGCGGAUUCUCAGAGCAGAGAGACGCCGACCACUAAGGACACCAAGAAGAACAUGGAUGUGGGUCAGGUGGAUGCCAUCGCUGAGGACAGCCCACCAUCAGCACCGGCGACCACCAACGGUUCCGACAAUGCUGCCGACACCGAGGGCAGCAAUGGCCCCGGAGCUCCCGCCAAAGUCCCCUACCAGGGGGACGCUAACCCCCUACCUGUCGCUAACGGACUGUCCUAGUCAGACCUGAGCAAAGGAAAUGGUUUCAAAUAUUUGAUAUGUUUUGGCUGCACUUUGUUUAAUCUCCCGGUCUCUGGAGCAGCCUGAAAAUUGAGAUGUUUCAACACAACAAGCACUGUUCUUCUUUUUCUCUACAAAUAUUUGAAACCUGUUCCAGUGCACACGUUUCAGGCACCGUAACUUCCCCUUUACACAAGUGUUCUGUCCAACUAUUCAUUUUACUCCAGAUUAUACGUUUUUUUUUAAUUUUUUAAUUUUUUUUUUUUACAAUAGUUCUUCCUGUACGAGCUUGCCAAAGAUAGUCAAACACACACAGAGCCACAGACGUCUGCAUUAUUUUUCGGUCCACUCUUCAUUGAGAGCUCAGGGAGAGGUCGGACUGAGACAGGGAAAUGAACCCAUACCAUGCUAUGAAUGCAUUGGUUAUUUUUUAUGAGUAAAAAUAAUAUCACAGCAGGAUUUUAGACCAGAAGCAUGUCUGCCUUUUACCAGGUAGACUCUGCUUCCACAACCUUUCUCAGUAUGCACAUUUGCAUCUGAAGUAGUUUGUAAAUUAAAUAUUCUCCAUAAGCAGUACCACAGUACAGAUACAGGUUUGUUGGAAACCCGAGUAUGUUUGACAUACAUGUGAUCAUCUGUUGUGCCUUGAGAGUAGAUUCAACAUGUUGUUGCCCGGCUCUGCACACCGUCUGAAAAUGUUUCACUUAUUUCUGUGUUAGGCGGUCGCCCCCCCCCGACGAGCGGCCUCCGUGCGCUUAAUGUACCCUCACGGCAGCGUACGCAGGUGAAGACAAACACUGAAAGACCCUGAAAAGAUUUCAGAGGCAUAUCUUUUUUAAAUCAGGUGUGUCUGUUCGUAAUGUUUGUGGGGAGACUGAGUCCAGUUAUUCUAUAUAUAUAUAUCUAUAUAUUUCUGUAUAGAUAUAUAUAUCUCUGAGUUUGACAUUAGCUGCUUUCUGUUUUUUAAAUAUGCAACCACUUUGGUCAUACAAAUGUUAUUACAGCGUGUCUGGGACAAAAAAAAAAAAAAAAAAAACUAAA